AUGGCAACUACAACAGAAGCUGCGCCUCUCGAUAUGGAAGCCGAGGAUUCGUUUGCGCUCCACGCCCGCAAUGAUGUGCCCAACCAAGAAGAGACCUCAGCGUACGAGCGCCCCAACACAUUCAAUGGCCAAGGUGCUGACGCCGGCCGCUAG